CUCUUUUUUUUCUCUUUAAACCCAAAUUCCCAUAUUUUCUCAAUAUCCAAUCCAUUGUUUCUCUCCGUGCGAAGUGCUAUAUAUUCAAAUUUAUAAACCCACAAUUUCCCCAAUCCUUCCAUGUGCAGUCUCCAAGAAACUGAUUCAUUUCAGUAAAAAAGAAUAGAAAAAACUCCAUUAAAUCCUCUCUCUGUUUCUCUGUUUCUUCCUCUCUCUCUGUUUUAUGGUUGUUAUGUUUCACGACAGUCGGUGGACGACCAUGACUCAGUCUUCGACUCAGUGGACUCGGUCGGAGGACAAGCUUUUCGAGGAGGCUUUGGUGGUGGUACCGGCGGACUUGCCUGAUCGGUGGCAAAGGGUCGCCGACCUUGUGCCUGGAAAGUUGCCGAGGGAGGUUAAAGAUCACUAUGAGGCUCUGGUUUAUGACGUCCUGGAAAUUGACUCUGGUCGAGUUGAGUUGCCGAGUUAUUCUGAUGAAUCGGCGGUGGGUUCGCCGGAAUGGGACUCUUCUGGACAGAUCUCUUUUGGAUCCAAGGCUAAGCCUGGUGGGGACAGCGAGAGGAAGAAGGGGACGCCAUGGACCGAAGAAGAACAUAGGCUAUUCCUCCUUGGACUGAAAAAAUUCGGUAAGGGUGAUUGGAGGAGCAUCUCAAGGAACGUAGUGAUCACAAGAACGCCAACUCAAGUAGCUAGCCAUGCUCAGAAAUACUUUCUCCGACAAAACUCCGGGAAGAAAGAAAGGAAACGAUCAAGCAUUCACGACAUCACUACAGUUGACAACAACUCCGCCCCUAUACCUUUCGACCCGAAUUGGAUAUCCCCAGUCCCCAACCCAACCAUUCAAUCAAGUAUGCAGCAGCAGCUAAGCCCCACAGGUCAUUUGCAAGACCAAGGAGGUGCACUCCAAACUUACAGGUUCCCAAUGUAGGGACCGACACAAUAUGGAUAGAAACUACUUAAACAUUAUUGCAAUGUAAAUACACCGACGAAUGUGUAAAGGCGUUGGAACGUACCUGGGGAGGUUUGUUGUUUUGGUUGCCACAGUUUAGGGGAAGCUGAUGAUAUGGAACUUUGAACAGUAGUAGGAUCCUGUUUAUAAGUAAAAUAGAAGAAAGCAAAAGGAUUAGCAAUGUUAGUUACUUAGUUAAUGUAAAAGAAACAAGAAAGGUGUGGGGUUAGGAAAGGAAAACACAGGAUAUGAAUGGAAAAUUCUUUUGUUGGAUUGUGAGUAUUCCUGCAAUCAAAUUUUGGUGCAGGAUGCUUUACUUUCAUUCAUGAGAUGACUGUUUUAUAAACAUUAUUCAGCAGACGACAUCGUUUUAAGUCA